GGGACACGCGAGCGAUCGGGCUGGCGAUACAGCUGACUAAGAAACCGCAGCAGGACCAACUAAAGCGGCUGCGUUUCCAGGGGCAGCUUCCCUGCAUCCCAUUCCCCCUCUCCUAGCCGGUGCAAAGUAUCUUUGAGGAUUUGUUUUCAUCAACAACAUAACUCUGCGUGGGGUAACCGCUGCAGUUAUUUUCUUCCUCCCCGGUCCCGCUCAAUACGCAGAUUGAAACCCGAAAUAUGAGUGAAGCUCCGUGGAUCCAGACCUUGUGCAGGAGCUGAGAUCCUGAGUCUGAGAGACGGUCACCCUGCUUCUGGGGUGAGAUCGGUUAACCCCUUCCGUGUUCAUUGGUAUUACAUACCGCACCGUGCGAGGGCUGCUGCUUCUCCGGGACACAGACCGCGGCGUGGAUGCGUGACAUGAUUGAACCGCAGCCCACUCAGAAAAUCGGCAAAAUGAAAAAGUUGCGGAGAACUUUAUCGGAGAGUUUUAGCCGAAUAGCUUUGAAGAAGGAUGAGAACACUAUAGAAGAGAUAUGUGUCACCAAGAUGUCCACUCGGAACUGCCAUGGAAUGGACUCUGUAAUUAAGCCUCUGGACACCAUUCCCGAAGAUAAGAAGGUCAAGGUGCAGAGGACUCAUAGCAGUUUCGACCCGUUUGAAAAAGCUGCAAACCAGGUGAAGCGAGUGCAUUCUGAAAACAAUGCAUGCAUUAGCUUUAAGAGCGCAUCCGUGGGCAAGGAAUCUCCCAAAGUCAGACGCCAUUCAAGCCCCAGCUCGCCGACAAGUCCUAAAUUUGGAAAGGCCGACUCAUAUGAAAAACUGGAGAAAUUAGGCGAGGGAUCAUAUGCAACGGUUUACAAAGGCAAAAGCAAAGUCAAUGGGAAGUUGGUGGCACUGAAGAUAAUAAGAUUACAAGAAGAAGAAGGAACUCCAUUUACAGCCAUAAGGGAAGCUUCCCUUCUUAAAGGACUGAAACACGCCAACAUUGUACUGCUCCAUGAUAUAAUUCACACCAAGGAAACCUUGACCCUUGUAUUUGAGUAUGUGCACACAGAUCUAUGUCAGUACAUGGACAAACACCCAGGAGGUCUGCAUCCAGAGAAUGUGAAGUUGUUCCUGUUUCAGCUGCUGCGGGGCUUGUCAUAUAUCCACCAAGGGCAUAUUUUGCACAGAGAUCUAAAGCCACAGAAUCUCCUCAUCGGUGAUACAGGGGAACUAAAGCUGGCUGAUUUUGGCCUUGCUCGAGCCAAGUCGGUUCCCAGCCACACGUACUCCAAUGAAGUUGUGACCCUGUGGUAUAGACCUCCAGAUGUUCUUCUGGGCUCCACAGAAUACUCCACCUGCCUUGACAUGUGGGGUGUGGGGUGCAUAUUUGUAGAGAUGAUCCAAGGAGUUGCAGCUUUUCCAGGAAUGAAAGAUAUUCAAGACCAACUGGAACGAAUAUUUUUGAUUCUUGGGACUCCUAAUGAAGACACAUGGCCAGGGGUUCAUUCUCUACCACAUUUUAAACCUGAUCGAUUUACCCAAUAUGGUCCUAAGAAUCUCAGACAAGCUUGGAACAAGUUGAGCUACGUGAAUCACGCGGAAGAUCUAGCCUCCAAGCUACUCCAGUGCUUCCCAAAAAACAGACUGUCGGCACAAGCUGCUCUGAACCAUGAUUAUUUCAGUGAUCUGCCCCCGCGGCUAUGGGAGUUAAGCGAUAUGUCUUCCAUUUUUACUGUACCGAAUGUGAAGUUGCAACCUGAAGCUGGAGAAAGCAUGAGGGUAUUUGGGAAAAAUAAUAGUUUCUGCAAAAGCCUAUCAAACAGCAAGCACUGAUGAUUAAUAAUAAUAUGGAAAAUGCAGGAUAAGUCUUCAACCAGAAGGAAUGAAGAAUCUUUGAACAGGAUACUUGCCUUACGGAACGGAAACUCUGGAUUUAUCGAUCACCAGUCUGGAAGCUUUUUACAGCCGAAAACUGAAUCUGGCAAGACAUUCUCUCACCGAAUAAUUUACUUUAAACCUUGCACGCAAUUUGCUACCUUGUGAUUUAUAUGAAGAUUAAAAUGUAAUAUGUCUACAUAGCAAA